AUGAGUCUCUCGUUUCGCCUCUUUCCAGAUCAACUGUUCGACGGUAAGCUCGCCAACGAAGUCGAUUGUAAAUUCUCCCUGUAUGAUGCCGGCCUGCAGAAAUUUGUCCACUCCAACUGGACAUGGCGGACACUGACGGAGAAAGGCGACCAGGUGAUCUGGUGCAACCAUAGAGCCAUUUUCAUUCCAUUCUCAUCAGCACCCAGACACUGCCAGGACAAGCUGGAAGACUUUUGUAAAAAGGAGACAGAAUGUCGGCCAAAAAAGAAGAUCAUGAAAAACAAAGGAGACCGAAAACACAAAUGUUGGAAGAAGUUCCUCUUAGACGAGGUAUCCCCUAAAGGUUUUCCGAACAUUUCUGAAAAGUACCAUGUGUGUCAGCGGUUUGCCCCGGGAACGGAGUUUGCGGACAUUUUCGGACCCAAGUCUACACAGUUUGCCACAGUUUACGACACCGAGAAGCGUGGCCCUGUCAUGUCAUUUGCACGCUUCAAGGACCUAGGAGACUCACUCAGGCCUACGCUUUCUUUCAUGUUGGAGAAAGGUCUUCUCCCUGUUGACUACACCCUCUUCAGUUUGUUCUUUGAACAAAAGCGAAGGGGCAUGAUGCAGAAAAAUGUUGAGACCAAAGAGCAGAUCUGCCAAACUGGACUAUACCAAGCUCUGGAGAAUGACUACGAGGAGUCUAAGUACCAUAUGAUGCACUUGCUGUCUCCUGACAUAGCCGGGUUUGGAGUGAGUAAGAGGAUUGCUACAUAUACAGUAACCAACACCCUACCAAUCCACAUCUCCUUGUUCACGGCGUGGAACCAAGCCGUGCACAACGUCCGGCGUUUUGCAGUCGAUCACUGCAGCAUUCCUAUAUAUUCAGAAAGCGACCAAAACAAAAAACGUCGACAGUCACAUGACUAUCCGGAAGUGUAUGUUAUAGCUGGAGCGGUGCCGUCAACUAAUCCGGAAGUGUUGCUGAACAAACGUGUGAACAUUCCAUAUUUGGUAUGGAUGGCUGCCUGCUGUGUUCGUGGAGCAGAAACGUCUUCAUUUUCUGUGUACGUGCGGAACGACAUCAACAGCCCAAUCAUUGUAGCACCAGUGGUUCAGUUGGAGGUCUUGUUGUCUGAUCUAUAUAACGAUGGCGGACAAAACUCGGUGAAAUUGUUUCCGGCCUUUGAAGGUGUAUGUUCGAAUAUCCAACAUGAUGUAUCACAGGUCAUCAGCGCUUAGUAGAUCACGUGUGCUCACCGUAGACACCACAUUGUACGUCAACAAUUUGUGUACCAUGGACAAUGGACACCGGCAGUAAAUAAACGACAGCAUCAGGUGCACGUGGACUAUCGGUGGAAUGCGCUACGUCACUAGAGAGGAUAAAAGGCAAACGAUUCAAUAGAAGAAAAACUAAGAUUACUGAGUAUAAAACAUUGAUGAACGAAUGAAAAACAGUCACCAUAUAAGCGAUAAAAAUGCAAUCACUUUGCUGUCCAUUUCAAAAUCGAUUUGCAUGACCAAACCGCACGUGCUGAUAAAACACACAGCUAGCAAGGUGUCCGAACAUGUGGUCCCGGUACAACAUGUGACAGCGUAGUAUGAAUGCCUUUUUAAAAAUAGUAUAAUCUGAAAACGCCGGAGAUGUUUCCGAAUGAACUGUCUAAUACGGACUUAUUCGGCCUUGUCGGAUGCUUCACAUCAUCACAAGGGACGUUUCUCCAGUUAAUGGCUCGUCCUGGCCCGAUUUAUGAUCACAUAGGUUUUGUAGCUAGAUCAGUCAACCCCGACUGUUACAAUGGUGAAAACAUUGGCUAUAUGUGGAAUAUCCAUCUACUAUCAUUGUGUUAUUACUAACGUAUGUUAACUCAAAAUUCACCAAACAUGAGAAAAAUGACGGUUGCACGCGGCCAUGGACGCUUGAUUAAAAAACCUUAACAAACAGGGGACGAGCGGAAACUGCUUAAUUAAAACAAACUAGUUUUGAAAGGCAACACUUGCACUGUACUAUCGUAGCAUCCUGAUACUAUCAAACAUUCACACACGACGAAUAGAAUCACUGACCUAUCUCCUUCAGUUCAAUAAAUGAGCGGAUACCACACAAACAUUUGUGUAAACGCGAUCUGUGUCGAUAGCAAUACUGAGUACAUUACUUCGAUGGAAAGUAGUGGGGCGCCCCCUGUACACAUUCCUUUGUUAAAUACUUGUUUAUAGAACGUUUGCAUUGUAUAUAUAUGCUGUAUUUGUAAAGCAUCUGAGCAAGACAAAGAAGUUAGGGGAAAAUGAAAGCAAAGCGCUGUUGGCGAAUACAUGAUUUGUAAACAGAGGAUAAAACAUCUAAGAUUGUCAAAAACUUUUGUUUUUGUUUACAAUUUGCUCGACAUAUAGCUGCGCCAUUUUACGUGCUAAUUAAUGUAUGAAAACUAAAACUACGUUUUGUAUAUAUCUCUCACAGUACUCAAUACAAAGUCACGGUGAAUGUUCUAACUAGGUGUCCACGUUUUACAAUGUCUUUUCUUAAAAGAACUUCUAGAAAUAUUCAUACAUUAUUACCCUUCGAGAUCAGUUAUUUCGGUUAACAGUUCAUAUAUGAAUUUACAGUAUUUUAUGGAUAUAUAUACAUAUACAUUAAAUUGAAUGCAUACUAGAGAAACACAUAUGGUGUAUUUAAAGCAACACGAGCUGGUUUUUAUACUGGCGAAAUACCCUUGAUUGAACUGGAUUUUUUAUUGGGUAAUCAUAUAUGAAAUGUAUUGAGUAACGCGGUAAGGCGAUUCGUUUUUAUACUUAAGACUAGGAUAUAUUCUGUGGUAUGUGAAGAGCAGGUCUGAACUCGAGUUUGUACUUAAGACUGUAUGACUAUAUUCUGUGGUAUGUGUAGGGUAGCUCUGAGCUCGAGUAUAUUCUGAAGACUGUAUGACUAUUUUCUGUGGUAUGUGUAGGGUAGCUCUGAGCUCGAGUUAUUCUGAAGACUGUAGGACUGUAUUCUGUGGUAUGUGUAGGGUAGCUCUGAGCUCGAGUUUAUAUUUAAGACUGUAUGAUUAUAUUCUGUGGUAUGUUUAGUGUAGGUCGGAACUCAUGUUUAUACUAAAGACUGUAGGAUUAUAUUCUGUUGUAUGUUUAGGGUAGAUAUGAGCUCGACUUUAUAUUUAAGACUGCAUGAUAUAUUAUGUGGUAUAUUAUGUGAUUGUGUAUAGGGAAGCUCUGAGCUUGAGUUUAUACUUCAGACUGUUAGACUAUAUUCUGUGGUAUGUAUAGGGUAAAUAUUAGCUCAAGUUAAAACUUUAGACUGUAUGACUAUAUUCUCUGGUAUGUUUAGGGUGGAUAUGAGCUCGAGUUUAUACUUAAGACUGUAGGACUAUUUUCUGUGGCAUGUGUAGGGUAGGUCUGAACUCGAGUUUAUACUAAAGACUGUAUGAUAUAUUAUGUGGUAUAUAAUGUGGUAUGUAUAGGGUAGCUCUGAGUUCGAGUUUAUACUUAAGACUAUUAGACUAUAUUAUGUGGUAUGUUUAGGGUAGCUCUGAGCUCGAGUUUAUACUUAAGACUGUAGGACUAUAGUCUGUGGUAUGCAUAUGGUAGCUCUGAGCUCGAGUUUAUACUUAAGACUAUUAUACUAUUUUCUGUGGUAUGUAUAGGGUAGCUCUGAGCUAGAGUUUAUAUCUAAGACUGUUAUACUCUAUUCUGUGGUAUGCAUAUGGUAGCUCUGAGCUCGAGUUUAUACUUAAGACUGUAGGACUAUAUUCUGUGGUAUGUAUAGGGUAGCUCUGAGCUCGAGUUUAUACUUAAGACUGUAGGAUUAUAUUCUGUGGUAUGUAUAGGGUAGAUAUUAGCUCGAGUUUAUACUUAAGACUGUAGGAUUAUAUUCUGUAGCUUUAUGUGAUGGUUUGAAUCACCUGUGUACAUAGCAUUAAGCACUUGAUGUUCAGUGUCAUUGCAAUAGACUCUUUUUAUUUUGUAUUUGUUCGCAUAAUAAUGAAUUUUCUGAUACUGCAUGUCGAACGCAAUACAUAAAUUUGUAUUAUAUUUCAUUUCAUUUGCAUGCGUUUACAUAUCAUCAGUAUAGUACAUAUUUUCGUAACAUGAAUGAAAAGUGACUAAUCCUAUUAUCAUAUACGCCUAUGUCACCGUGUAUGUAUGAUACCUUGCUUUUCUACCAUAAAACCUGUUUAUGGUGAACGCAAGCGAACAUAUUUCUGUUCUUACUAGACAUGUGUUUACAUUGAACUUGAUCGAUUGUCAUACAUGGGACCUUGUUACAAAUUUUAUGAUGACACUUAUUCUAAAGCGUGCAAAAACGUUAGAAACUGUGAUUAAGUCAGUACCUGGUUAUCAAUCGACUUUGACAGUUUAUUUCGAGACAUUAAACAUUUUGGUUUUCAAGACAACAAAUGUAAUAAAAAAAAUGGAAUGCCAAGAAGCGUCCUUUCUUGGUUAUAGUUUAGAACACGAUACUUUGAGAUUGUUCCUGUAUGAAUGAGUACAGAAGUCGAUGUAUGCCUCUUGAAAUAGCAAACUAUGUCCUUAGUAUUACUUAACUAUCUUCUAAUUACGACAGGGACAUCACCAUGGGGUAACUAGUAGCAUAUGAUAUGUCGUGAUUUCGAUCUUAACAUACUAUUAGUAGAUCCAUAUAUGGUCACUCGAUCUGUUUUAUUACAUAAAUGUACACAAAUUCUUCAUACUCGUAAGGACAAUUUUUACUUUUGUUUGCCAUGAUACAUGAUCAGUAAUUUUGUGAAGGACUGCUUCAUUUCUUUUAAUCAGAAAUGCGUACAUGGAUUCAUUAUUAAAGGUUUUAUUUGAUUUUAUAAAAUAAUUUUUUGACAGAGAACAUACCUUUUUUUUCACACGGUACAAAUUAUUCUACAUAUGAGAAAGUAGGUCAUCUUGAUAAACAUGACGUCAUAACAUUGAAACUAGUGUGACUGAGAACUAAUUAGACAUAAAUCAAUUAUGUGUUUGUUGAUAUUCACUUAAAUAUUCAUUUAAAUUAAUUUUGUGUACGUCAUCAUGUGUUAUGAGGUGUACGGAUAAACAUUCCAAUGUAGACGUAAUGUCAGCGCAGGUUGUGAUCCCAUUAUGUCCAGUCCGUUAUUUUAUACCAUAUCAUAUAAGUUACAUAUAUAGUUAUCACUAAACUGCUUUGAUGCUAAAAUGUAUAAAUGUAUAUUAGACGACAAAUUAAGGCUAACAUUUAUGAUAUCAUAUUUGGAUUUUGUUAAGUUGAUGGCAACGGAAGUGACGCAAAAAUUAUGUCACGUUGCCCCGAACGUGACGUCAAUACAUUUUCUUGUUAUUCUCUAAUAAUGGCAUUGAUAAUAUCCAUAAUAGUAACUGAAAUUAGAAAAUUUGAAAAAUGGAUUUAAUGAAAUGGAUUCAUGAAAUUAAUUUCGUAAUAGAUAUGAACAGCAAUGACAAUAAAUCUAACGAAGCUGAAGGCUUUACGAGCACUGUACACGCCACGCCGAGAUUAUUUAUAAUACUGUUCACAAUACCUGAUCUGGUUCACGGAGUUCUGUUAUACCAGAUAUCGAUUGCUAGCUUGUAAUAACAUCACUCACGAUCUUACCCCACCUCCUAAAAACCGACCGUAGUUAUAGGCUAAGCUAUAUUUUGUGAAACCUACGGAUAAUUGAAAUGUCUCGUGAAGAGUGUUUAUUAUGGGAGUACUGACUGUCCUUAUUGUUCUGUUUGUGUUACGUAUAUAUAUAAACUUUACAACAUUACCAUUCUGAUGAUACAUUUUACUAGCGAGUCUAUAUGUAAGUCAACAGCAGACAUUGGAUUCUUUACAGGUCGAUCAUAUCACAGCUAAACAUUGUAACAUCUUCUCCCUUCAACAAUAUUUGAAGUUUUCGUGUUCACAGGAUCACGAACAUGAAACUUUGCAAAAUGUUUGAAGCAAAAUUAAAAUCUGGCGAGGAUAUUGAUUUUAGAUUAUAACCAGGAUAAGUCAACGCAAACUAUAGCAUCUCAAUAAAAUUACAUUAUUAUGAAUUAUCUAUACCAUAUCUUUUCUACCAUUAGCGGAAAAGGUUUAACACACGCAUUGCAGCUAGUUCCCAGACGUAAAUCUGAUGUGGUCCAUUUAACCGCGUCAAACUGACUUAAUUGAUAUAAUUAAGCGUAUCUGCUAAUUCGUGUCCAAAAGAUUAGAUAUCUAAUGUUAAAAACCAGUGCAGGUGUAACUUCGUCAAAUAGGUAUUACUUGAAUCAUUCUAACGAAUAAUGCUGUGGUCAUCCCAUCGAAUAUUUAUGUUGUCAUUCUAACGAAUAAUGCUAUUUUGGUCUUUCUAUCGAAUUAAUGCUGCGUUCAUUCCAUCAAAUAAUACCAUUCCAUAAAAUAAUGACGUAACCUUUCCAUCAAAAACACUCCAUCAAAUGUGUCAUUCCAUCAAUUUUUCUCCGUCACUACUAUAACAGUGGUAAUUCUACCAUGCCUACGGUAUAUAACUUGUCCAUUCAACAUAUUAAUGCUAUACAUUCAUUUUUUCAGAGUUCGAGUAAAAUACCAUUACUUAAGGAAUAGGAUUCUUAUUGAAAAUAAAACAUAAAAUACAUGUUUGAUAGUAAGAAUAUUAUGAAUCAUAAAGAAUGUUGAAGAGUUUAAGGUGUAUAAAAAAUAAAUAAAGAUGAAGAAAUUCAUAUUAAUUUGCAAUAAUCAUGAAUAUAUAGGUACAUUGUAUGAGGGUACAGGUUAAAAGCUAUCGUCCCUUAUCCGUAUUUUCCCGCUCAGAACCUCGUCAAGAUAUAUCUUAUCCUCACUUAAUGAAUCACAAGGUAAAAGGUACUAAUAUUCUUCCAUCAACAUCUUACAUUUGGGACACUACCGGGUUUCCUCCCUUUACUAGAAUGAUCUCACAAAUUAUUAACAAUAUCUGUUAUAAAAAUAUUAUUUGUGCCACACAGGACGGAGUGAAUAUUGAAUAAGACCGCAUGGGUCACCCAUGUGAGAUGUAGACAGACAGAUUAUGUCUCUAGCGUGUUGUGAGACUGAAGAUACAACAUCAAUGCGUGGUAUGAAAAGAUAGAAUAUGCCUCCUAACUAAUGAACACAAAAACCUUCACCAAAUGGUGGGUAUAUAUGUCCAAUGCGGACAGAGUGAUUUCCUGUCUACAUCACACAAAGAUAGGACCCUUUUACUUUUCUGUCAUCUACGACCGUUUAACAGAAAUCCAAGGUACAAUUCCUAUAUGUACACAACUUCCCAAUAGACAAAACAAAUCUACCAAAUCAUCACAGAACCUUGUCCGGUUGGCCUGUAAAAUCGCUCAAAUAAAACAGGGAAAACUAUUUUGUUCGUGUUUUAGUAUUUUUCCGUCUCGGUCACUAUCUUGCUUUAUUGGUGAUAUGCAGCCAUUGUAAGGAGGAAAUGCCGGUGUCGCCCUUUGUAUUAAACAUGAGUAAAGAAUAAUCUUGUUUGUGAAAUAUGUAUCAUCCUUAACAUUAGAUUUAAGAUAUCUGUGAUGCAUUGUUUUAUUUCAAAAUGUUCCUUUGUUGCUUCAAUAAAAAAUUAAAAAAAUG